AUGAAGUCAUUUGUCGUUUUCACCCUACUCGUUUCUUGCAUAUAUGCAUUAGCUAUUAAUCCGGAGAAAAGAGGCCAAAGUGUGCCUUGGAACUACCAAGAUCAAACCAUGCGUGGAUUGAACUUGGGCGGUUGGUUUGUUCUCGAGGCAUAUAUUACCCCAUCUUUGUUUGGAUCUUGGUUAUUUGGAGAUAACGAAAACAAUAUCCCCGUGGAUGAAUACCAUUUUACCAAGCAAUUGGGUACAGAGGCUGCUGAAAAAGUCUUGCUGCAGCACUGGGAUACAUGGUACACCGAAGCUGACUUUGAACAAAUUAGUUAUCUAGGCAUUAACACUGUGCGUAUCCCAAUUGGAUACUGGGCAUUCCAAUUAUUGGAUGAUGAUCCAUAUGUUCAAGGCCAAGUGCCAUACUUUGAUAGAGCAUUGGAGUGGGCCAGAAACCACAAUCUUAAAGUGUGGGUUGACUUGCACGGUGCACCAGGCUCGCAGAAUGGAUUUGACAAUUCAGGUUUAAGAGAUACUAUAGACUGGCAAAAGGUUGACGGAAAUGUGCAAGUUACCAAUGAUGUUUUGAACACCAUAUUUCAAAAAUACGGAGCUGAUUGCUAUGCUGAUGUGGUGAUUGGUAUCGAAUUAAUCAAUGAACCAUUGGGUCCAAGUUUAAAUGUUGAUGAACUUAAACAGUUCUACCAAGAUGGAUACAGUGCUUUAAGAUCUACUGGAUCAAAUAUACCAGUUGUUAUUCACGAUGCCUUUGAAGCUAUUGGUUUCUGGGACGACUUUUCCAUCGGCAACAACGCAUUCAAUGUCGUUUUGGACCACCACCACUACCAAGUUUUCUCUGCCCUGGAGUUAGAACGUGAUAUUAAUGACCACAUUUCUGUUGCUUGUAAUUGGGGUUGGGACACCAAGAAGGAAAGCUACUGGACCAUUACAGGUGAAUGGUCAGCUGCUUUGACUGACUGUGCCACUUGGGUGAAUGGUGUAAGAAGAGGUGCUCGUUACGAAGGGCAAUACGAUGGAUCACCAUACAUUGGAUCUUGUCAGCAGUACUUGGAAUUGGAAAAUUGGCCGGAAGAGUACAAAACCAAUGUCCGUAAAUACAUUGAAGCACAAUUGGAUGCCUAUGAGUACACUGGUGGAUGGAUUUUCUGGAACUGGAAGACAGAAAAUGCAAUUGAAUGGGAUUUCCAAAAAUUGACUGCCGCCGGUAUUUUCCCACAACCUUUGACUGACAGACAAUAUCCUAAUCAGUGUGGUUUCCCAAGCAAUUAA